AUGCAGCAAGAAACAGAGAGAUGCAGAGUUCGAGCAAGAAGGCCUGACAUGGCACUUUAUGUUCCCAAAGCUCGAAGGGUUGCGGUACUCUCCAAGGCAGAUGAUGAGGGAAAAAGCUGGGGGCCACCUAACUCUGUGGUGAAAGAAGAACACCUUCUCUCCCAAAAGGAGAUCUAUAGAGACAAACCUGAAGCUCAAAGAGUAGAUAAUAGUUCUGAUAGAAAGGAACACAGUCGUAGGGAAGGAAAGAAAUCUUUGACAAAAUUAAGAAAAGAUACAUGCCUUCUAGAAAGAAAGAAAGAUAGGGUUUGUAUUAAGAGGGGAACCACCAAAUUCAAAGAAGUAUUACCCCAAGGACGUCAGCAAAGAGUCCCAAAUCCUGAGAUUCUGUCUAGUGAACAUUUACAAACACAUUUUAAACCAGAGAAGAUAGAGUGUUUGGAGGUUGAAACCACAGACGUGACAGAGCAUGAGUCUUGUUCAGAAGUCAGUGAGCCUCAGAUUCUGACCAAACCAAUCCCAGAUUUGGAACUCUGUGAUUUUACUAGGCAUGAACUAAAUGGGGGAACACUGGAAGACAGAGAUUUGGAAAGCAGAACUGAAACUGAUUCCAGGGUUGAGAUAGUAUCCCAGUUUCCUGGAGGUUUCAGUUCUGCACUGAAACCUGAGGGCAUGAUUGCACCACUAAAACUGAACUCUCAUUCUGGAAUUGUACAAGAAGACAUGCAGACAUCUGGUGGAACGCUGAAGCUCAGCAAUGGAGACAUCACCCCUAUUUCUGUCCUUGGAAGUCCAGAUGGUAUCAUUGAUCGAACUUGUGUAGGCUUUGAAGCUCAGACUGUAAGUGAUACAGACAGCAGUACAGGUUUCAUCUUGAGUCAGAAAAGUAUAGAUUCCAUUCCUGAGGCUGUUGGUCACAUCACUCAUAAAAUGCCCACAGUCAGCAAAUUAGAAAGCACAAAUGGCAUUUUUGAUCCCACAGUAAUUGUUGAGGAGAAUGACAACACUGCUGAUGAGUUAUGUGUAAAGUAUGAACCUUCUGAUGCAACUGUCCUUGCUCAUGAAACAUACACAGAUAAUGGACCUAAUAAUGUAGGUGACAUUACCAAUAAAGUAUGUGUGAUGGACAUUACAGAUGUCACAUCUGAGCAUGUAACUGUGGGCAGCCCUUGUGUAGUUGCAGUUAGAAUAGUUGAUGAGGCCCAUAGAAACACAAGUAGUUUCUCAAAACAUAUAGAAAUGAGUGUAGACAGAGCCCCUCUUCAGGUAGCUAGAAGUGGAAAUGACACUGAAAAUUUCAACAACCUGACUGCUUGCUCAGAUACUUAUGCUAAGAGUAUUUCAUCUAGUUUCACAGAGUCAACAGGAAAGUCAAUAGAGAGCGUGUCAGACUGUGCUUCCUCCUUACCUACAAAGAAGAUUACUGGUAGUAACAGUAACACUUUUUUGGACUCUGAACUCAGUGUGUUAUUUGGGACAGAAGUACUUUCAGAUAGUGCCUUGGGCAGCGAUCUGGAUUGUGCUGGUGACAGCACAGAAACAUUGUGUGAACUAAGAACUGCUGAGAAGUUUAAAACAAAAGAGGACAGUGAACCAGAGAACAUGAAAUUGGGUGUAUCCUUUCCUGAUACGGACUCAAUAUCAAUGGAAACAUUCAUGGAACCGAAAGUGACUGAAGCUUCUCAUGUGGAAGGGAGUAUUGAUACUGAGGAGAGCUGGGAGUCUAUGUUUAAUGAUGAUGGUGACUGCUUGAAUCCACAUCUUUUACAAGAGGUAUUUUUUUGGGUGAUUCUGAUGCACAUAAAGUUUGAGAACCGUUGCUCAAAGAUAACGGGGAAUUUGAAGAGCAGAGAAAGCAUCCAGGAAUCUAGAUUUGAUUAUUAUAGCCAUGAAGUUCCUGAUAUUGACCUCAGUGAUUGUGAAUUCCCACAUGUCAUUGAAAUUUAUGACUUCCCGCAAGAAUUUCGUACUGAAGACCUUCUACGGAUUUUCUGUAGUUAUCAAAAGAAAGGAUUUGAUAUUAAAUGGGUGGAUGAUAAGCAUGCCCUAGGAGUCUUCUCCAGUCCAAUUACAGCUCGUGAUGCUCUGGGUAGUAAACACAGUAUGGUGAAGAUCCGGCCCUUGUCACAGGCCACAAGAGCAGCCAAGGCCAAAGCCAGAGCUUAUGCUGAAUUCCUCCAGCCAGCAAAGGAGCGUCCUGAGACUUCUGCAGCCCUCGCCAGAAGGUUAGUCAUCAGUGCCCUUGGGGUUCGAAGUAAGCAAAGUAAAACUGAACAGGAAGCAGAGCUCAAGAAACUGCAACAAGCCCGAGAAAGAAGACGGUUGGAAGCCAAGCAACGGGAAGACAUCUGGGAAGGCAGAGAACAAUCUGCUGUUUGAACAUCAAUGAAAGGGAUAAUUCCAUGGAUUCAGAAGAUGUGUCCAUAGUCUUCACAGAUAAGAGAAUCCUUCCAGAGCUCUGUGUACUGGAGAUGUGCAUGUUAAUGAAAGAAAGAGAUAAAGCCAUCAAGACAAGGCCUGCCUGGUUGGGUAGAGGAAGAAGGUAGACCUCUGUCUGCUUCACUCCUAAAUGCAGUGCUUUGGAAUCACUCUACUGUGGUGGGCACAGAAGAGAGCC